AUGCAUCCCCAACAUCAGAUUGAUUUUGUAAAGUUGCAAGUAUCUAACAGACAACAACCGUACUACGAUGCUUAUCGACGACUUAUUUCCUAUGCUGAUGCAGCAUUUAAUCAUACCACUCAUGCUCUAGUUGAUUUUGCCGUCCCUGGUUACUAUAUUGAUCCAAUAUUGCAUCAAAGAAACUCGGCUGGUCUUCAAUCUGAUGCAUUUGAUGCCUAUGCCUGCGCAUUGGCUUAUUGCAUAAGCGAAGGUCAAUCCAAAUAUGCUAAUCAAUCAAUACGAUUUUUAAAAGCAUGGGCUGAUUUAAAUACGAAGUAUUCAGACUAUGACGGCAGUCUUGUCAUGGUGUAUUCGGGCACCGCAAUGGUUAUGGCUGGCGAACUACUUCUUAAUUACAAUGGUUGGAAUCAUACUGACAAGGAAAAAUAUUUACAAUGGGUGCGAAAUGUCUAUUUAAAAGCGUCAAAUGAAAUUAGAUUGCGAAAAAACAAUUGGGGCGAUUGGGGUCGCUUUGGUUCGAUUUUAUCUGCUCAUUUGUUGGACAAUGCCAACGAAGUGACUGAAAAUAUUCGUUUAGUGAAAAGUGAUCUGUUUCUUAAAAUUGCUGCUGAUGGUCACAUGCCCGAAGAGACUGUUAGAGGGGCUAAUGGGAUUUGGUAUACAUAUUUUUCUCUUGCACCGAUUACAGCUACAUGUUGGGUAGCAUAUCAAGCUACAGGAGAAAAUCUGUUUACCAAUUAUACCCAGGGUAAUUUUUCAAUCAAGCAAGCGCUUGAUUAUUUGUAUUACUAUAGUCUUCAUCCCAAUGAAUGGCCAUGGUUUGUGAAUCCUAACAAGGGAUCACCGACUUCAUGGCCCGGUAAUUUACUGGAAGCCAUGUCAUCUAUUUAUGGAGAUAACCGUUAUGUUGAUUACGUCAAGUCCUCACGACCAUUAAUCUAUAAUAAACAUCAUUUUGCUUGGGCUUUUCCUACAUUGAUGACUGCACAAUUGGGAGAUUACGAGGAAUUUACUAUUCAGAAACAUAAAGCCGAUUGA